AUGGGGCAUACUGUAAGACGACUUUCAGUUGUGCCACCAAUCUUUUUCAUUCCGCGCUGGAGAAUGGCUGCCCCUACAGAACAAACACUUCAUGACGCGAUCACGGAUGGAUUGGAAGAGAAACGGCAGCGACUCAAGGCAAUACAGCUGGAAGCCGAAGAGAUACGGGCCUUCAUGGAGACCCUCAAAGCCCAAAAGAAGCAGCUCGAGCAGCUCGCUACCAACGCUAAAAAGUCUCAAAAUGCCCGCCACAAACAAAAUAAGCGGAUUUACCGUCGAAGAGCAAAUAGCAAGGGAAAACGAUCGGCUCAAACAGCUGAUGGUUGA